AUUCCAGGUUCUGCUGACAGGGGGCGGUGUGAACACCAUGUCUGUACGGUAACAUGGCGGUUUGAUGUCAAUGGAACGCGAGUUUCAGCAAGUUGAGUCAGUGAAAACACCACGGCGGAUGUUUACAGUUUGCCAUCCAAGAAAGAAAAACGGCAGGUGGUGUAUGUCGGGCACGUCCAGUGGUCUUCCACAGCAUCCUUGCCGACUGCAGAGUUUGGGAUUCGAUCCCGAGUGACCAGUUCUUGUCUUCCCGGGUUCCGUGCGAGGCGUUUCAGCUCUCGCCACCGAGGAGAAAGCCUCCGAAACGCGCAGGGCUGUAGGAUUGUUGCUGACUGUUUUCAGUCCAGACCACACUAAAGGAGGAACCACUGAGUAAAGCCAGAGUGAGAAGGAAUUUGCUCUGCACAUGAGGAAUCACCUGACAAGACAGCCACAGCUCAAGAAAGCCAGGACCAAUGGAUCCCAUUGACUCCGGACAAGGGCGAGAGAAGCCACCAGAGCCAUGUAACGAUCAAAUGCCCAGCUCCAAAGGACGACAGCGGAAGAAAAAUCCUAAAUAUUUUGAUUAUGUAACUGAUGACACAUUAAAUGUGCAAAGCACUCAGCAAAAAGCAUCUAGAAAGAGCUCAGGAGAAAGAGGAGGGGCGGCAGCUUCUAGAAGGACUCCAGCAAAGAGUGCAAAAGCUAAGAAUGACACAAAACAGAUUGCAGAUGCAGAAAUAAAAGCAACUGACAAAACACCUCCAGACUCUGAUGGAAAAAUGUCAGAGGAAACUCCUCAAAAGGCAGUUAGAGCCAAGAAGACCCCAACAAAAAAGACCCCAGGCAGAAAAACUCCUGCCAAAAAAACUCCUGCCAAAAGAGCUGCCACCUCUGAUGGGGGCCUCUCAGCAGGGGAGGGUGGAGCUGUAGAUACUGUACAGCAGGAAAAUGGGACACCAAAGAGAAAGUAUGUGAGGAAGCGUCCUGCACAGGAAACAGUGCCAGUCACAGAACCACCAUGUCAGGAGGCUCAAGGGGAACCUCAGACUGAACCUGAGGAGGAGACCCAACCAGGUGGCCGCCACAGGAGAGGCGCUGCUAAAGCGGCAUUGAAGUACCUCCACUUUUUGGCAAAGGAAGUGCUCAGUCAUCCCGGCGAUGAGUCAGGCUACCAGCCAGAGGCCAAUAGCAGCACAGAACCAAACUCGGUCACAGAGCACAAAAGUCUCAAAGGAAGCAAAGGGCGUAAAGGCCGAAAGAGGAAACGCUGCGACAUGGAUAGUGAUGCUGCAGAUGAGGACUUUGUUCCAGAUGUUCAGGAAGAGGAAGCUGAGGAGAUGGAUGAUGAAGAAGAUGAAGGCGAGGACUCAGACUCAGACUUUGGGGCGGGUGGAAAAAGUCCGGCAGCUUUUCACCUCAACAGGACUUACACAGGGUCAGGUUACAAAACCUCCAAGGGACUCCACUGCAACAUCAUGAAAAGUGUUUGGGAGGCGGCUGAGACGACCAAGAAGUUCCGGGAGGAGCACUACAGCAGCUGGGUGUUCCCAGCGUGGGUCCCCUCCACCACUGACUGGCAUCCUGUACCACAAAGCGAGCUGGAGAAAUACCUGCCUCAGGAGCUUCAGUCAGCUGCUUUCAAAGUGUCCCGAGUCGGCCUGAGCCAGGAGGAGACGCCCCUGCAAAGACUCAGCAGGUUUGCAGCAGUGCCUGCUCACCCGGAUCGCUGGGACAUGUUGCUGUUUGCAGGUGGACCAGUCUGGGCCAUGGAGUGGUGUCCUACACCUGACGGUGCUCCGGCAUCCCAGUACAUCGCUCUGGCCUGUCAUCGAGGGAUGGACAACCAGCAUUAUGUCAACAAGACGUACACGGGACCUGGACUCGUUCAGCUGUGGGACGUGGGCAAGCUGGAUUACAACAGCAGGCCGGACUCCCAGCCUGCAUUGGCCUACGGUUUGGCCCAGGACAAAGGCUUCAUCUGGCAGCUGAAGUGGUGUCCUGCAGGAGGUUGGGAGCCUCCCAGCUGUGGCAGAAAGGCUCCUUUCCUGCCCAGACUGGGUCUUCUGGCAGUUGCCACCUCCACUGGUGUGGUCACCAUUUACAGCCUGCCCCAUCCAGAUGCUCUGCACUCCAGCAACAAGCAAGAUAAGUCUGCCAGCCAACAGUUGCCAGUAUACCAGGCACAGGGAGUGCUGACGCUGAAGCUGGGCUCCUUCAAAGCCGCUCGUGAUGAAAGGAGUGGACAAGUCCUGUCUAUGGAUUGGCUGCCUGUAAAACCACACAAUAUAAUGGCUAUUGGAUUCUAUGAUGGUGUCGUGGGUCUGUGGGAUCUGUCCUCCAAGUCUACUUUGUUACGAGUGCGAGAGCCGGACAAGUCGCUCAGCCUGCUGCCCUAUCGGUGCCUCGUGGCUCACGACCACGCCGUCCGAGCUCUGGCCUUCUGUCCCGCCUCCAGAUACCUGUUGGUGACCGCAGGAGAAGACCGCUUAGUGAAGACCUGGGACCUGAGGAGGCUCUACAGUCCCGUCACUGUUCUCAAACGCUUUCUGACCAAUGAAGUGUGUUGGCCAUUGAAUGCACCUGGCUACAUGUUGGCCCAGGAGAACGCCUAUGCAGCGAUUGGUUCACAUGGGAUCCAUUACUUUGACCUGAAUUUGCGCUCCUACUUCGCGGUUCCUCGGACGGGCACCAUGUGGUCCAUAUCUUACACUGAUUGGUUGAACAGCGUGGUGACAUCGGACGUCCUUGGCGAGGUGAUCCUCGCCAUGUUGCCUCAGAUUUGCUACAGUCCUCAAUACGUCAAACGCACGUUAGAGAGACGUUUUCCCGUCUACCUCACAUCUCUGGUGCCUUACGAUACAAAUAAGGAAGAAGAUCAGCAGCAGGGAGGAGUGCAGGAGGAGCAGGAGGAGGAGGAGGGAGAGGCUGUUGAAGAGCAGGGAGGAGGAGGAGGAGGAGAGACAGGAGGACUGGAUGCUGGAGCUGAAGGAGGGAAUGAGAACAAUAAUGAAAACAGAAGACAUGGAGGAUGUGGUAGAAGGGAUGAAAACCCUCCUCUGCGCUUCCAGCUGUACAAAGAGGCUGUGAGGAAAUACUACCUCCACCUCACCGACAACAACAUGGUGACCUUUGCAGGAAGCGAGAAGCGAGCUGUGUGGGAACACAUGAAAAACACAGAGGUGAAAGCAAAGCUGAACAUGGAUGAGAUGCCACUGGCUGCACUGCACAAGGUGCGUUUCAGCCCGAACAUGUGCUGCCAUACCUGGGUGGUGUCAGGGGGCCAGACAGGAUUGGUCAGACUGAACUGUCUCAGGGGUAUGAUCACCUCCCAGGCCAAGAAAAUUAUAAAGGAGAACCAGGCCCAGUUCACCACGCUAUACUCGCCAAAAGACCCGAAGGAGCCCGACCAGACUGCGACAGCUGACCUUUAGCAAGAGUUCAACUUCACUGGAGGUGGAUCACACUGUCACGCUUGGUGUAUGACUGCAAAAAAAAACCACAAACCCGUAAAAAAAGGGUUUUUAAGAAUGCUAAUAACUUUAAUUUUUCAUCAGAGGUACACUGUAUACUUUUGCUGUUUCCAAAGGCCAGCAGUCACGUGAAAUAUAAUUAUCCUCAGACCGCAUUGUGAGCAGCACAGGCCAAGGGCCAGCCGGUGCUGUUAUAUUGAAGUGAAGGCAGACAUCUCUACGGCCGACCCCACCUACACACUCUAAACCACUUUACUUCCCACUUCUCUCUUAGACUUCAUGUUUCCUUCUGUUUCCACCGGUCCACCCAGCUGAAGUGCCUUGCUCGAAACUGAUUCCAAGUGAGUCAAGUCGGGUCUUCGGUUGUUCCAGUAUCUCUGAUUUGGCAUACAAAGUGCAAAUGCCAGUGAAUCUAUUGUUGACGGCAGACAGAGGUAAUAAAAACUGUAAUUUAACAGUUGCCCUCUCUGCGAUAAUAUCAACUACUCUCAGGAAAAGUAAUUCUUAUUUUUUAAUUGAUGAUAGAAACAGCAAGUGGAAUUCUUGUCUGUUCACUGGUUCAAAGUGCCCUUCAGGGUGCGUCGGUACGUUGGGACAUCACUGCUGGGUUCAGGUUCAGGUGCAGCAGACUGGAACCUUGGAAGCAGAAUUUUGUUGGUUAUUCUAAAAACGUAAAUGCGUUCAAAAUACCAUCAACAUGUGACCUAGCUUCUUUCCAUUCAAUACGAGGCAAACAUUACCCAAACAAAGGCGUCUCAGAAAGGAAGGACUGAGUUGCGAAACACGAGCGACUGGGUGAUCCUAAAACCUUAAGGCUUUCGCGUACAUCAUGUUUUUUUAAUCUGCGGGACAUUCCAGUGCAGUCGGAGCUCACUAAACUCUCCCCUCACGUCAUGUUCGGAAACUGUGAACGACAGCAAGCUGGAGCUCAUCUUUUGCUGCUGUAUUUUUCAGAUUUUUCUCUUUUAUUAACUCAGGCUGUAACUGAGAGGAAAUACUUGAAGUUUUUAUUGUAACCUUGCUGGAUGUAAAGUUUCUAAAUGGCAAAUUUUUGGACUUUUGUUCAUUGUUCGUCUCUUUUCCCGUUGGAUUGACUGCUGCUGCUGCUGUUCUGAUGGUGCAAAGCUUUUGUUUCAUGUUUUAUUACAGCAGCUGCAGUAUUGUGACAUGACCAAGUUUAUCAACAAAACAAGCUGAAAAAUCUUCUUAUCUCAUUCUUACUACAGACGCAGCUGUUGCUUUCAGAGGUCGUCUGGACACGUUUUCCUCUUCUUAAGUUAAAUUAGAGGUUUGGCCAGUUUGUUUGUGUUUUUUAUUGUUUUCGGAAUUUUUUUAUUGUUCCAUAAUAAUGUCGUCAUGACAGAGCAAUAUUAUUAACCUGUAAGUCAUACAAACUACCAUAAAUGCAUUUAAAUGUAGAGCACCUGCUCUUUUCUUGUGUUGUUCUGCUCUGUUUCUAUUUUUGAAAUAUUAAUAAUAAAUAAUUUUAUAAUAAAAAAUAAACAGUAUAUUUCAGAAAAUAUUAAAGUUGAGAUUGAAAUUGAGUGCAAAAGUUUUCUUCAAAACGUCAUUUCAUAGCUUCUCUGGAGCUCUUGAUCAUAUCGCCUGACCUUCAUCAGCAGAUGGAGUUUGACCAUAAAAUAUUAAAUGUACAAAUGUUUGUAGAUGUUUUGUAAACUGAAAAUUGAAUAAAGUACUUAGAAAAACAUGUCACUGACAACUGGGCC